AUGUCCAAGCAGUUGGCAAGGUGUAUAAACGAAGCAGUGGGAGACUCUCAGUUCACGUUCAUUGUUGGAAAACAUAUCUCUGAUUGUGCUCUCAUAGCACACAAGCUCAUUGAUGAUCUUUCUCGAAGGAAAAAGGAGGCGGUGAUGUUAAAGGCUGAUUUUGAAAAGGCCUACGAUUUGGUGGAUUGGGAGUUUCUCGACCUGAUUAUGAAAUCUAUGGGUUUUGGGAAAAGAUGGCAGACUUGGAUGAGCUUAUGUAUUUCGACAACUUCUAUCUCAGUGCUUGUGAAUGUGUCCCCAACAGAUAAAUUCAAGAUCAAGAAAGGGCUUCGCCAGGGGUUGUUCAGGAAGGCGGAAGAAGUUGGUUUGAUUAAAGGGGCCAGAGUGGGAGCCAGCCAAGAAAAUGUGUCGCAUAUCCAGUUUGCCGAUGAUAUAAUUUUGUUCUUGGAGACCAAUUUAGAUUCGUUGAGAAACGUGAAGAUGAUCUUAAGAUUGUUUGAACUCGCUUCUGGGUUAAGUUUGAAUUUGUCAAAGACAAAACUUUAUGGCAUAAAUUUAGAAGAAAAUAGAGUGGUAUUGUGGGCUGGAAUCAUCAUAUGUUAUUGGGAUAAGUUCCCCUCUAUGUACCUCGGUCUCCCGCUAGGCCAUGCUAGGAAUUCAUCGGAGAUCUGGCAACCAGUGGUGAACAAAUUUCUCACUCACUUAGAUGGGUGGAAAGGUAAACUGCUUUCUUUUGGAGGUCGCUUAACUCUGGUAAAGUAUGUUCUCUCCAACUUGUCGAUCUAUUAUUUGUCGGUAUUUCAGAUGUCGAAAUCAGUUGCUUCCAAAUUGACUAGAAUUGUUGCAACUUUUCUGUGGGGUCCCGAUCCGAUCGAGUUAUCCAUUGGGUCAAAUGGGAUAGUGUAUGUGUUCCAAGAUCGCAUGGUGGCCUAG